ACUUCACCAGCUCAUCCAAUGUAUGUCACCAGAGCAAUAGCGAGUGAAUUGAGGAUAGCUAGGACUAUUCCAAUACGAACAUACUCAAGCAAACCAAAAGACAAUAAUAAACCAAAGGAAGCCAUUUCCUCCACCCAAUCAAACCAUGCGUUAUCUCAACAACAACUUCUCUACACCACCGACCCUACUUCCCCUGGGUCGAUAUUCUUCCUCCCACACGGAACGAGAAUCUUCAACAAGUUGAUCCAGUUCAUGAAGAACCAGCAGACAAAGUAUGGGUUCCAAGAAGUGGUCACUCCGUUAAUCUACAAGACCAAAUUGUGGAAACAAUCAGGCCAUUGGGACAAUUACAAAGAGGACAUGUUUAAAGUGUUAGGUAACGACCAGAGCCGUGACGACGAACUUGCAGUAGAACCAUGUGGUCUGCAUCAUGUCCAUGAAGAGGAGUUUCACGAGUAUGGUUUGAAACCGAUGAAUUGUCCUGGUCACUGUAUGAUUUUCGCCAAGUUUGAACGAAGUUAUAAUGAGUUGCCUAUCAGGUAUAGUGAUUUCUCAUCGUUGCACAGGAAUGAAGCCAGUGGUGCGUUGUCUGGGUUAACCAGAGUCAGAAGGUUUCAUCAAGACGACGGCCAUAUUUUUUGUGAAUUGAGUCAAAUCGACCAAGAAAUCAAGAAUACCAUCAAUUUGAUCAAGGAUACCUAUGGUGUGUUUGGGAUUGGCGUGAAUGACAUUGAGUUUUAUUUGUCGACUCGUCCAGAAGACAAGUUCAUGGGUGAUAUCGAAACAUGGAAUGUUGCCGAGCAGCAAUUGAAAAACGUGCUUAACUCUACUACUGACAAGUGGGAGAUUAGAGAAGGUGAUGGUGCUUUUUAUGGUCCCAAGAUUGACGUCUUGUUGACCGAUGCAUUCAAGAAGAAACAUCAAGUAGGUACGAUCCAAUUAGACUUCCAAUUGCCUAGUCGAUUUGAACUAAAGUAUAUUAGUCAGGAUGGAACCAGAACCAAUCGACCAAUUCUCGUCCAUCGUGCCGUAUUUGGAUCGCUUGAACGAUUCUUUGCUAUUUUACUUGAUCACUACCAAGGUAAUUGGCCAUUCUGGAUAAAUCCUAGACAAGCGGUGAUCAUCCCUGUGUCUAGUUCCCAUCAUGAAUAUGCUGAAGCCUUGCAGAAACAACUUUCCGGUGAUAUAUUAAACAGUGAAGAUAUCGCCCCAAUUACUGGAUACCACUUUUACGUUGAUGUCGACAAGAGAGACGCUACUGUAGGGUUACGUAUUAAAGAAGCCAUUCAAAAGGGAUACUCCUACAUCAUCAUGGUGGGUGAUAAGGACAUUGCCAACGGCACCUACGCCAUUCGAACAAGAACAGACAGGAAAAUCACCAGCAUGACAGGAGACGCAAUUUAUCAAAUGUUUAUUAGUCUAGAACGACAAUUCAAGUAAACUUGUACAUAGAAAUACACACAUACACACACACGCCUAUUUUCCAUACCCGCGAUUCACCAAGAUCUUAUCUAUAUCCGCCCAGAAAUCUCUGACAAUCAUACGGUCUCUGAACCGCUUGUCUCUGUCGACUUUUAUUUCACUCACGUUCCAAUCUUUGAUUUGUCGAGGAGAUGCUUCACCGUGGUAUCCGAAGUAGAACCCAUGGUACUUUUGGAAUAAUUCCUCCGGCUUGGAGUAUUUGUACUUGGAGAACUGCCAGGCUUGACCCGUGGUGAAUAUGGCGAUCACUCUGUCCCAAUAUUCUGGCUUGUUAAACAUGUCGACGUUGUCAACCACCAUGAUUUGCGAUGCUGAAGAGAUGAGUUUGUCAGAAGGUGGAUGACGGAUGGUGACUAAGCCACCAGUGGGUCUAUUUGUAGGCACUGGUUCCACGAAUUUCCCAUCUUCAAGAAACUCUUUGAUAUUAGAUAAGGAUAACAAGGCUGAUGUGGCUGGAGAUACAAUAAUAAUCGGUUGUUUCUUGUUGGAUGUUACUUUAGACUUUGGUGUGGCUGUCUUUGAUCGUUUCAAUUGAUGAAUGAACUUUUUGGCGUCAGAUACCAAGUAUCCAAAGUCAAUGUUUUUCGAACCACGCAAGGCGGCAUUGUGAUCGAUAGAUUCGAUUUCAAACUGGCCGAUUCGGGCUAAUUGUGGAUCUUCAAGUUUUCUCUUUGUGCUUUCACUCACAACUUCGUCAGGCUUGGAAGUGGCGGUUGAAACAUCUUCAUCCUUGAUAAAAGUACAGGAGUCAGAGUUCCCAUUCAACCAAGUUGUCAAUUCAGUUUUAACCAAGAAUUUAAAGUCGGCAAUGCCUAACUCGGAACAGGCAUCUUUGUAAUCGACAAUAGAUGACUUGUCGUGGAUCCAGCAGAACAACACGGCUCGCAAAUCCUGUUUUUUGUCUUCAUUGUAGAAAUUAGUGAUAGUGUCUAACGGAUAUGUCUCUUUGUCUAAUUCGACAUGAGUUGCGUCCUUGAUUGACUCGGUGACCUCUUUAUUAUCCCCAUCUAUCUUGAGGAGUACUAGAGGCUCGUUGGACGUGAUAGCCCUAUGUAAUGCCUUGAGUGGUGAGCUCAUUGUAUAGCUUGUUGUAUCUAAACGGU